CCCGGAAGCCUUUCACUGGUACACCUUACUAUAACUAUAAACAUAGCAUGGAGUAAUGUUUUCAUGUAGCUCAGCCUCUCUGUUGUUAUCCUGUAAGUAAAGACUGGUGGCAUGAAAAGAUGGCUUCUACAUCGGACUCGGACAAAGCGUCAGUUUCUAACGUGGAAGAAAGCAGAGCUCGUCUCUGCGACGAGUUUGCUGCGGUAGCGGGAACUGACAGCGCCGUGGCUCAGUGCUACCUGGCUGAGAAUGAGUGGGAGAUGGAGAGAGCUUUAAACUCAUUCUUUGAGGCUGACAUGGAGAGAGUAUUUGCAGUAGAGGAUUCUCCAGAGAGAGAAACCAGUCCAAAAGCAAAGAGGGCAAAGGUUGAGGAAAAGUCUUCAGGAGGCUGUAUAGAUCUGACUGGAGACAGUCCAGCCUCCGCACACAAACCCUCAGAAGAAGACGACGGUAAACUGUCGAUGAUCUCCUGGAACGUAGAUGGACUUGACGAAGUCAACCUGGCAGAGCGUGCCAGAGGCCUGUGCUCCUUCUUAGUCUUAUACACUCCAGACGUGGUGUUUCUACAGGAGCUCAUUCCACCUUAUGUUCAGUACUUGAAGAAACGGGCUGUCAGCUACCUAAUCAUUGAAGGUGGUGAAGAAGGUUAUUUCACUGGGAUGAUGUUGAAGAAGGCACGAGUCAAAUUCUUGGAGAGCGAGAUAGUAACUUACCCCACCACUCAAAUGAUGAGGAAUCUGCUCGUAGCUCAGGUGGAUUUCAAAGGCCAGAAGCUGACUCUGAUGACGUCCCACCUGGAGAGCUGUAAAGGCCACGCAGGGGAGCGGAUGAAACAGCUGCAGGUCGUGAUGCAGAGGAUGAGGGAGGCACCGAACGAUGUCACCGUCCUGUUUGGAGGAGACACUAACCUGAGGGACACUGAGGUGGCCAAGGUGGGUCUGCCUUCUAGUGUCUGUGAUGUGUGGGAGCGACUGGGAAAGCAGGAGCACUGCCGCUACACGUGGGACACUAAAGCAAACAGCAACAAGACUGUUCCUUACGUCAGUCGCUGCCGCUUCGACAGGAUCUACUUUCGCCCGGCUACAAAAGAAGGCAUCCCACAUCUGUCCCCUGACCACAUGGCUCUUGUGGGACUGGAGAAGCUAGACUGUGGACGCUACACUAGUGAUCACUGGGGAAUCUACUGCAGCUUCUCCUCUGGGUAGAAAUGCUCAAAACAGCGCCAAACGUGGCAGUUAAAUAUCUUGUUUUACAUCAGCUGACCUCGUUUGUUUUGUGUGUUUUACAGUCUCAGUGCAGGACUCAUCAGUGCUGGGUGCAAAUCACAGUAACACAGUAACACAGAAAAUAUUCUGACCUCAUCUGGGGUUAGUUAACUGUAAAUCUUUAUUUUGAUUAGUUUUAUCCUUGUAUAUGCUCAUGCCCCCACCCCCUUCCCCGCUCUUAAAAUUACUACAUAAAAAUAUAGAAAGCGCCAACAAAUGUUAAAAUAUAUAUGUUUGAAAUUGAUUUUACAGUUUAAAGUUUAUUCUUGACCAUUGAAACAACGGUUAACAGGAAAACCUCACCACAAGGUUUCUUAGUAGCUUGUCCUUUUGAUAUCACAUGACCUGUAAUUGUAAAUAUUACAUUUUCCUUUGGGAAUUUUAAGAACUGCUCCUCCAUGCUGGAUCAUUGUUUCCCUGUUUUUUUCUGUAUUUCAAAAUAAAGUCUAAAGUCACAUCA